AUGACCGAGGACAUUGACUCCAUCGUCAAGGGUGCCCCCGUGGCCUCCCCGGCCAUCAAGGCUGCCGCGGCCGCCACGGGCACCAGCCCCAUCCUCCACGAAGACGUCAAGCAAGGCGACCCGUUGCACAACACCCCGAGCUCCCCGUCCAUGAUCUACCUCAACCUCCUCAUCCUCGAGGCCUCCCUGCGAGCCCAAUUCCUCGAACUGCGCGCCCGCAAGCGCCACCAUACCUUCUUCCUCACCCUCCUCAGCGCCUGGAUCUGCCUCUUCGGCUACAAGCUGUACUUUGCACCCCGCGAGGAUGGCCAGGGCGUCGGCGGCUCCAUCUACUGGGCCGUCGAGGGCGCCCAAAAGGUCUGCUUCAUGGGCGGCAUCAUCACCGCUGUCCUCGUCUGGGCCACCGGCAUCUGGGAGCGCGGCAUCCGCUGGCCGCGCCGCUGGUUCGCCAUUUCUAACCGCGGCCUGCGCAGCUUCAACUGCAAGCUGGUCCUCGUUCGCCGGCCUUGGUGGGCCGAGGCGCUCUCCUCUGUCGGCUUCUUCCUCACCUACGGGCUCUUCUCCCACACCGCCAGUUCCUCCUACCGGCACGUCGACCCUUCCCUGCUGCGCGAGGUCGAAAAGGAGCUGCAGCUCUCCGGCGACGGCCACUACCCGACCUUGAUACUACCCCACGAAGAUGACGUGCGAGGCGGGCACGAGGAGGAUCUCGCGCCGGGCGGCGACUACGUCAAGCUGCUGCUUCUCGCAAAGCCAUUCUCCCCGACCUUUCGCGAAAACUGGGAGCUGUACCGAACAGAGUACUGGGAACGCGAAAACGAGCGCCGAGCGCUGCUACGAGAAAAAGUAAAGGAAUACGAUGUCAGAAUGGCCAAGGCGGAACACGGCUGGCUGUGGCGACUGCCGUGGAAAAAGACGCAGAUUAAACGACAGGAGCCGCCCAAGGUGCUUCACAAGAGCCACAUUAGCAUCGAGAAGAUUCACAAGCGUCGCAGCAGCAGUGUCCGACGCGGUUCCGUCAGCUCAACCCGCAGCGGUACUCCAUCCUUUGACCUCGACGACGGCCAUCCGACAUCCCGACGCACCGGUUCAAUUUCAAGCUUGACCGAGAAGCGACGAAAGAAGGCCGGAAGUGUGCGCCAGUCGAGAAAACAAGGCUCAGAGUCGCGGUCGGUCACGCCAGAUCUGCCCUCAUCUCCCCUCUCUGGAGACGCAGCGGGCAAGAGGGAGGCUACGCCAGACAGCGGAAGAGUGCUGCGCAGUGCUAGUGGAACGCCCAGGGAAAGGAGCCAGGCGAAAUGA